GCCGACCAUCGGGACAGUGACCCGUCGGGCUGGGGGAGGAGGUCAUUUGACUGUCGGUCAGCUGACCGGCGGUCACAUGAAUACCACCCUAGUGUACUAGGGAUGCAGUCAAAAUGCCGGGCGUCCCGACACCAAGCCACCAUCAACUGGGAAGAGAACCUGUGGCAAACGAAGCUCGCCUCCGUGCCCGAUGCGUGGCAAACGUAGCGAGCCCACAAGGUGACUUGCUUCCGGUAUUCCAGCAGAAAGGGAUGCCGCUGUCGGGAUACUGACAGCCGCCAUCCUGUCUGCUGGUAUUACAUACCGGAUCUGUGUACUAUACAGGCCAGCCAGGGAUGGCCAUCGAGCAUCAGUUAUAUUGGGAAGAUCGAUAUUAAGGUCCUGAUCUUGGUCCUGUUUCCAAUCAGUUCAGAAGUCGUGCACUGUGAAGAUUGCCUCAUUGGGUAACCUAGACUGGGUAGACGUUUGAUGAGGUUCCCUCUCCAGGGCUCUGGCAAUGGCCGCCACCAUGUGAGCCCCACAGAAGCCGGACUGAAGGUUCCCUGAGUAUUCCAGCUGUCAUCAUGGCACCAUCUGCAGAAGAUCCUGUGAUGUCGUCGUCUUCUUCAUGGUCACUGACCCCUGUGCUAUCACUGGAGGAGGAACAAGAGCUUAAGGAGUUGGCGUCAGGACACAUUAAUCCACCCUUGGCUACAUUUUUUGCAGCUCACAUCACAGACAAAAGACAAAUCUCUCGGCUGUCCCAAGCUCUUUCUUUAGAGUACAGUCUACCAGAUACCAUGCGGCACUUGAAGAGAGUGCGGGCCUGCCAGUCACACCUCGAGAUCUUGCUUCGUCAGGUCACAGCGGAGGAGCAAGUGAGUCUGUUGAGGGAUAGUGAUGACGUUGCCUUUGGUGCACAGAGCGUUAUUGUUUCCAAACCAGAGGUAAGUUUACAAGUCUCUGACAUCCUGCAGGCUGGCUGCACUGACUUAACUGGGCUUGGAGAGCCAUUUCUAGUGUCUGUCCCAUCAAGGGCAGCAAGGAAUCAAAAGGAGCAGCAAGUUUGGGCCACCAUCUGGCCCAGCACUUACCACGCCAAGCCGAAGGUAGCCCAUGUGGAGGAAGGCAGUAGUGGGAGUGGUGUAACCGAAGAAGAGAAGUUAAGAAUUGGCAGCCACAUGUGCAGAGCCCUAGAAGCUGCACGUGGGAACAAGGCUAGGGGAGGGAAGGGUGUUGGAGCAAUAGUGGUGGACCAAGAGAGGGGAAAUGUCUUGGCGGUGGCAACUGAUCACACUGGAGAGAAGGGAGGGCCACUGCUUCAUGCAUGUAUGGUGGCGAUAGACAUGGUGGCCCAACAACAAGGGAGUGGAGCAUAUGUUGGCCUUGUUGAACUGGAAGAAGAGCAUAGAGAUGUAAAACAUGAAAAGGAUGGUAAAGAAACAGGAGAUGAGAGGGAGAGGCGAAAGCGUACAAAAGAGGAGAGUGACGCAGUAAAGGAGCUGCCAUACCUGUGCACUGGGUAUGAGAUAUACGUAACGCAUGAGCCGUGUGUCAUGUGCGCCAUGGCUCUUCUACAUUCCCGUGUGUCCUGUGUAUACUAUGGUUGCAGCUCUCCUGGGGGGGCUCUGGGAACGUAUUACAGGCUGCACUGCAGCCCUGGUCUAAACCACAAGUUCCUUGUCUACCGCGGGGUGAUGGAAGAAGAGUGCCGAGACCUGGUUUCUGGAGCUGAGAUCUUUUCACCUUAAGGACAUGUAGUUGAAACGUGGACCCCAUUACUGAAUACUGGCAGAUUUUAUUAACCUGUUCUUUUAAAUAUGUUUUUUAUUUUUGUUAUUAAACUUUUUAAAACAAUUUUUCUUCA